UCUAAUUAUUUCAUUAGUUAAGUGUGGUCGCGCGUUGUGUGUGGUCGUGUGUGGUGUUGUUUGUUGCUAUUGUUGUUUGUUGUCAAACAUGGAUUUGCGGAACCACAAGCUGUUCCGAUUGAGAACUAAGACGAAUCUGUCUCGAUCGUCGUCCAUAUCUACGCCGAGCUUAGGUCCUUUCGAAACGGUGACGGGGGGAGAGAUGGUGUCACGGCGGCGUAUACUCUCGCGGUCUCGCGAUGACCUCACACAGGCCAUAUCCACCCAGAUUGAGGAGGAAGAAGACGUCUGGUACCAGAAAGACAAACUCUAUAAGGAACACAUACAGGAAGUGCUGGAUAAAUGGACACAGAUCGACGACGAGAUCUGGGCGAAGGUGAUAGUUUUCGAAAAGAACCGACGGGUGGCGAAAGCGUACGCGCGAGCACCCGUGCUCACUAUAAACGGUUCGGACGACGGAUUCGACGGAAUGAGAAUUGGCCUUUGCGGAUUCGACAACCCACACAGAGAUCAAAAAACAGAAGAACUGAAAAAACACAUAGGACAGGGCGUCAAAAUAAAAAUGGACGAUGCAGGCAACAUACUCAUCAGACGCUACUCCAAGAGUAACGUGAUUGUGAAGAGUACAGCCGCUACCAGCAAUGACGAAACGGCGAUAGGACAAGACAUCAUCAAACUACCGGGCUACGCACUUGAACAAGAGAAAAUAUUUAAGCUAUUCGACAUGAAAAAAUUCCAAUCCAACGUGAACCGGGAGCUACGCCGCGCAUAUCCAGACCGCAGAAGACUUGAGACGCAGUGCUUGAGCGCAAUCUCCUUCGUCAAGGCGGACAACGAGCUGCUAGAGUGCCCUAUCUGGGUUCUAAUCAUCAAUGUUGUUGCCAUGGACAUGCUGAAAUCGAAGCUGCCUCCGGUUCAAAGACCAAUGGACAUCAAGAACAGACCUCGCAUACCAAUACCCGAUGAAGAUCCUUACAGCAUCGCCAGUUCAAACGCAAACGGCUCAGGUUCCAGCGGCAGUUCUGGGGGAUAUGGCCACAACGGUCACAAUGGACACAACGGACACAACGGUCACAAUAUCCACGGGGUUGUAGCGGCGACGAGGGAACAACUCAUGAUGCAGAUGGGGCAGAGAAGAGGCGACAAACCCCCGAAACUGCCCCCGAGGGAAAAUGGUUAUGGACCAGCUGACAUUCCCAAGCCGGAUUACGAUGACAUUGAGGGCGAUCGCGUUCCUACACAGUUCCCGAGAGGAAAAUCUGACAAAGGAAAAGAUAAUAAGAAAUAUGAUGACCCGUACUACUGCGGCCUGCGCGCGCGCGUGCCCAACUUCGUGAAAGCCAACGGCAAGCACGUUCUGCCAGCCAUGACCGAACGCCUGACGCUCAAGGAGACGCCGGUCCCCAGCAAGCGCUACAGCGUGGCCCAUGCACAUCCCGGCCCCUUCCCUGGCCACAUGCCGCCUUUCGCCCACGCCCCUAUGCCCCAAUCAGCACUCUGGCACGCACGCUCCUACGAGAGCGGAAUCGAUGGAGAACAUUACGACCCUUACGCACUGUACGGCCGCUUGCCCAUGCCUGGACGCGGUUUCCCACCACCACCCGCACCCAACGCGCGCCACAUGUUCAUCGGAGAAUGGGAUUAACCACUGUUUUCCCAUUCAUUAAGGACCAUAUUAGCUUGUAUUGAUAACAUCACUUCGAUGCAAACUGCGAGGAUUUUCCUACACGUGAACUUGAAGUGAUUGUAUCAAUUGUUUGAAUGCAUGUAAAUAUACGGUAUUGUAAAUUAUGCUUAUUAUAAUUUACCAUAAAAUGUUCGACUACAAAGUUUACACAUUGACUAAAUAAUAUGCCAAUUUAUAUGGAUUUUGUAUUUUUGAUAUUUCUGUAAUCUGUAUAAAGAAUGUCCUAAGCUAGGUACUCGAUUUACUUUAGACAUAGUUAAUGUUUAGAACUAAAUUAAGUGCUUUACAUUUAAUAAUCACUGCCAAUAAAUACCUACCUACCUAUAUUUAAAAUAGAUUUCUGGCUUCUGCAUGCCGAUUUGAAUAGCAGAAUUCUUCUGUAUUUAACAUCAUUCCAGUUGAAGGUAUAUAUUUCAGUAGUAUUUUUCUUUGAUUUCUUUAAAUUUUAAUCAUUUACUUUACAUAUUUAUACAAAACGAUCUAAGAAAAGCUUUCUCGAAUAAAAAAAUCGGUGACUGAUUUCGAUUAUUAUUUAUUUAUAUAAUCACGUCUUUGACUUUAUUAUCAGCGUGAUUUGGAUCAAAAUAUUAUGUACUUAUUGCAUUAGAAAUUAUGUUAUUAAUUCUUAAUUUAAGGUGUCAAUCCUAGUCAAUACAGGGUUGGAAAAUAAAAAUGAAUCAAAAUAAUUGUUAAAUGUGAAUUAUUUUUUUACAACUUAUGUAUAAUCCAAAAUUUUGACUACUUACAUUACUUUUCUAACAGCGCAAUUUACCUUGGACAUAAAAAUGAUAUCAAUUUUUUGACAGUAGAUUCAUCUGCUACAUAACACACUAUCCGAAAAAAUUGUUUUUUUUUUCUAAAAUGGAGAAGUGUUCAAUGUGUUUUUUAUAAAUAUUUUCUUUUUAGGUUCGCCGUUAAUUAUCCUAUUGUUUUUUUUUUGUAAAUAGAUCUUUUUUACUUAUUUUGAUA